CUUGGAUGAUCUGCAGUGACCACCAUAUCUAUCGUUCACCUCUAUGAUUCGGGUCUAGUAUGUGAAGUACGACUUCAUCAAAAGUGAGAACAUUGACAAGUCGGCACGUUUCCGUUGACCAGACUGCCGAGGCAUUGUUAAUGUAGUGGACCUCUCCCAUAAGCACGACGGACAUCGAGUGGCUGUGUCACAUCGAAACGAGUCAUGCCACUAUCAUACCGCUCACGGGGCAUCUGAUUCUUCAGCAUUAUCCCCAUUUGUCCUUUCUUACUUUCCUGGUUGCAGUAGAAGCUUCAUCGGCUCCUCUUCUGGACGGGCUCGAUUUGCAUACCGGAAUCGGCUCUAGCUAGUCCUACGGCACGCUAUGGCUGUUGAUGUGACCUACCAGCUGCAGCCCUCCAGGCCUUUCAGAGCAUUCUAUGCCCUUACCGUUGCGGACAGUUUCAUGGUGCAGCUGGACAGUGCUUACUUGUACAUAUUCUCUGCACAGCUAAACGACUCGGAGAAGUCGGAGUUGGGAAGAACACUGAGCCAGUCUCUCGCAACAUUCUUUCAGUCAGCUGGGCCAUCGGCCUACAAUCUUCCGGAACUUCUGGGCACGAUCUACGAAGACCCCGGCACAGGAUAUCUCACAGUGAAAGUAUCUCAUUCUUCUUCGGUGCCGUUCAUCGUCAAAGACCGAUCUUCACAGGCUCGCUUCAGCGACCUGAAGCCCGACCAAGGCUUCCCUCCUCAACCGCUGAAACCUACUAUCUUUGAACCGGGUGUCACAGCUCCUCCACCAGAUGCAGCAAAGGGAAUCCCAGCCCUCUGGGUGCAGUUGACCUUUAUCGAUGGCGGAUUCGUGGUACAUGUGCAUAUCCACCACUGGAUCGCAGGAGCCAGCAGUACCGCCAGACUGGUUGAAGCAUGGUUCGAGAGAGCCCGUCUCAUGACCACGACCACCGACAUGAAAAGUGACCUGCACAUGGAUCUGAGCAGUCUCUUUUCCAGUUGCACGAUCAAAAUGGGGCAUCGACAGCAGUUGACCCACACUCUCGCCGCCAUCACGGCCCCUCAGCUUGGUCACCCAGAUCUUCUUCAUGUUCCAGGCGGCAGGCGCGUGUGGGCCGGGAUGGACUUCCCACCCAUUGUGCUUCUGAUCCUCAUCAAAGUCUUCACCUUCAUCAUGACGUACCUACCAUUCAUACUACCGCGAUGCGACUCGCAGAUCUUCCACUAAGAUCAGGUUCGAAACAGUGCGACAUGUGCACAAUGAAGGCCUUGACGGCGCUAUUGUCGUGUUGCCAGCUUUCGGCCGGAAGUGGAAGGCCCAAGAUGCAGGGACUAGUGGCCGGCAAGGUGGAUUGGACGUGGCGAUAAGCUUGACGAGGAAAUCCAUGAAGAUCUUGAUGCAGGAUGAAGAGUACAGGCGGUAUGCGACAUGGGCCGAGGAGACCGGUCGUAGCAGCUGAAGUUCUGAAAAAAAGUUAGGGCAAAGUCCAGGUUUUUUCAGGUGCCCGGCAACCCCCACGGAACGCGCCAGGGGUAAGGUUGCCAACCACCUUGCCGCCACCCCCACCUUGUCGCCAAUUUUAUGAAUUCGUAUAUUGUUGUAGCAAA